ACGACAAUGUUCUUUUUCAAAAGACUGUUUAUACCAACAAAGCUAACAAAAUUAUGUUACGCACUAAUGAUCUCUGUAUUAAUAGUUGUGAUAUUCUGUCGUUUACAUUUCAAACAUAAAACGAAAAAAUUGGACGUGAACAGCGAAUUAUUUCAAGAAGAUGAAAACCAACCGACUAAUUUUAUACCUUACGACGGAAACUUGAGAUAUAUCGUCCGUUGGGUAAAUCCUACUAACAAAAUGAUAGAGUUCGUGGAGGGUUCACGACUGUUUGUAAUGAAGAGCUGCGUCUGGUCGAACUGUUACAUCACCGACAACAGCAAUAUCCUGAACUCAUUCUCCGGAUUUAGCGUCGUCUUAUUCGACAGUCCGGACAUGAAUUAUUUUGAAAAUUCAAAACAUUUACCCAAAGAACGAUACCAACACCAAAAAUUCGUGUUCGUGAGCGGCGACGCUUCCUCCAGUCUACCUGUCUGCAACGAUAUGUGGAAUAACUAUUUCAACUGGACAUGGACGUACAAACUAGACUCGGAUGUAAUCUGGAGAUACCUCGUCAUCAGAGAUGUGAAGGGGAAAAUUAUCGGACCUCAAAAGGAUAUGAAUUGGAUAAAACCUGAAAAUAUGUUGCCCGUAGAUAGUGCCUUUAUAAUGAAGUUGAGAUCAAAAACGAAAAUCGCUGCUUGGUUUGCGUCCAAUUGCAAAACGGACAGUCAAAGAGAGAACUUCGUUAAGGAGUUGGAAGUUUACUUAGCGGAAUAUAAUUUAGAAGUAGACAUUUAUGGAGAUUGUGGUAAACUAAAUUGUCCAAGAAUUAUAAUGGGGAGGUGUCUUGAGAUGUUGGAGAAAGAUUAUUUCUUUUACUUAGCGUUCGAGAGUGCCUUGAGCGAAGACUAUGUGACAGACAUACUGCUACACGGGCUGAAGCACGACGCUGUACCAGUCGUCUUCGGCGGAGCCAACUACACGAGAUUCUUACCAGCCAAUGCGUAUUUGAAUGCGCAAGAGUACGGGCCCGAGGGUCUGGCGCGAAGGAUGUUCGAGUUGAUGCACAGCCCCUCGCAGUACCAGAAGUUCUUCAGGUGGAGGAACCACUACUCCUAUCACGCACACGACGAGUCCCCGGACUCCGACAACUUCUGCAACCUUUGCGCCGCCGCCAACAAAUAUCGAUUUGACAAUGACAUGCGCAAAACGAACUUCAAAAGUUGGUGGAACGAGAAAGAUAAAUGUAAAUAAUUCUCGAUUACUUACUAACUACAUAUCUAUACUUAAUUAAAUAAAGCGUUAAA